AGGUAUUGCUCUUUGUUAUUGACCGUGUUGACCAUAAAUAAAAUUUAAAAAUAUCUCUGCCAUUAUAACAGCACGUGUUCUCUUGGAAUGGAGCUUGGAUUUUAUCGAUUUCUUUUCUUUAAUUUAUAGAUCCUUUUAAUAAAUUAUACUUGUAGGUUUGGUUUGCGUUGUUUUUCUGUAUAGUUAGUUAAAUCGUGACCGAUCGCUUAGUGUUACUGACGUGUUUCAGUGUAAGUACGAUGGAAAAAUAUCUCGGGAAAAAAUAUAAGUUAAAAACCUCAGAGAACUUUGAGGAAUACCUUAAAUUUAUUGAUGUGGGUCUGCUGUCAAGGAAAUUAGUCACAGCCCUGUCCCCUGUUAGUGUUCUGACGAAGAAUGACGACGGGUCGUACUCCUUGACGAUGACAACUCCGAUACGAAAAGUUGUCAUCACCUUCAAACUUGGCGAAGAGUUCGACGAAGAUAGACCAGAUGGAGUCAAGGUGAAGUCAAUAAUGCGCGUUGACGGCGAUGCUCUAAUUCAAACACAAAUAGAAGAAAAUGGUAGAAAAUCAACGCAUGUGAGAGAAUUUUCCGACAAAUUACUGACCGUGACAACCACAGCUGAAGGUUGGGAUGGAAAAUGUAUAAGGAUAUACGAAUUAGUCAAUUAACGUAUUGUUUAACAGAUAGGGAGCUGGUGGAAGAAAAAUUAAAACCAUAAAAUUAUGUGCCAGAAGUUGAAAUUGUCCUAAAAAAGUCCAAAUUUACUCUGAUGUUACUGAUUUACGUUAGUUUUCCUGAGUUUUAGCUAAUAAAAUCAACUUCUUGCAAAUUUUGUCGCUGCGUUAGGUAUUAAAUAAAUAAAAUACAUAGAUGUAAUACUAUGUACUAAGUACUAUACUAUGUAUAGUACUAAAAGAUAUUUAUCUAUCUACCUAGCUAUCAAUUUUAACAACUACUUGUAGCUGUCUAAUUAAAUAUACUUACCGAAGAUACUUAUAUUAAGAUCUGUACCUAAACUAACCCAAAUUCGCUAUAAAGAAAAUUGAAUUGAAUUGAAGCUCCUUAGCUAUAACUACGUAUCUACUAAGAUACUUAGGAAGUAGUAGGUAUACCUAAGUAUCUUAGUGUAGGUACAUAAGUAUAAGUAGGUAUUUGUGGAAUUAAUAAAUUGAUAUCAUUAUUUAUGUUACUAAUAAAGCCUUUUUGGUUUUUUUUUU